AUGGUCAACUCCCCUACUCAGAUGGUAAAUGACUUUAAUCCAAAGGUAAACACAUGGUGUUUUGUAGGUGGGCCUAGGUUUUCAUUGCCAUAUAUUCUGACUGCCUAAAUAUUGGCUUUCUGUGAGAGGGUGGCAUCAGGCUGGUUGUUUGGUAACAUUUUCCAGGUUUUGUUUGUUGAGGGUCUGAGAUUUUAAAGGAUUCUGAAACUGUGUUUUUCCCUCUCCAGGUGGAAUAUUGGCAAAUACACAGGAGGGAUCGCAAAGACACAAGGUUUUCCAGUAUGAAUCGGGCUUUUAACAGGAAAAAAGGUGAGCACUCAGCCACAUUUUGGUUCUAUUCCCCAUCUGUUAAGCAGAUCAACAUUAAUCCCAGAUCUACUUCAGAUCAUAUUAUGAUUGUGCAUGUUUGGCUCAGAGAUUUCUAAGUCAAGUAGCCUUUGUUCAAUGAGCUACUUGUUCUUAUACCUGGAGCUAACAGACGUAAUCUACAUGAGCACCGUGGUUACUGAACAUGUCUGACUCGACCGUUGCGGUUUCGCAUCAACAGCUUGUUGUAUUUACCGACAUCUGUCCCACCGCUGCCGCUCGUGUAAUUUUUAUUGGGUUUUACUUUCUCAGGAAUCUAAGUUGAUGCUUUCUCAUAUCAUCGACUCAGACUCUGGAGGGCACAUUUUAAGAAGUCUAUUGAGAGGUUUGGCAAUAACACAGAAGUUAUGGCUUCACAGCUGACACAGAAAGUAGUCAGUGAAGUGUUCCCCAGGCACAGUGGUUGUGCCUCGUACUGAUGGGCCGCAAAUGCCUCCAAACAUACUUUCACACAGUCCAGUUCUGUGUGAUUGUAGAGAACGACGGAGAUGCAUACAGCCAUCUGGCACAGUAAAGAGGGCAUUAAAGUCUUUCAGCAGAGGACAAAGGUUCCUCCGAACUCUCCCCGAACAAAACAGACAUUUUACCCCAUAGCAACACAGAACACAGGGCUUUUGGAGACAACCGUUCAUUACCAGAGCAUUGCUCACAGCUGAUAAAGAAUAGGGCUUGGUAAGAACAUACGAAAAGGGUAUCUGUGUUUUCCAUUAGCGGCGGCUGUUGGCUAAAUAGCCGAUAACAGCAUCAUUGCUUGCCGGGCUACUGUUCCACUUCAUUAAUUAACGAGGCUUCUUUUCAUUUUUUAAAAGUUUCAAUUCGCUAGUCAGAAAAGUCAGUGUAGCCUUCUCCCGCUAGAAUGAACGAUAUGCAUCUUCUAGUGAUCUGUUGACAGGACAGGCGCCUGUCGGUCAAAGAAGCGAGCGAUGACAGGGAGACACUGCUGGUUUGUCCCGCCUCUCGGUACUUGUGUUAUUUUUGUGCUCUCUGGUUGGCUCCAGUCAAAUGUAUUUUCACGGAAUAGGUAGAGCAUCGUAGGUGGCACUUGACUUUCAAGUAAGGGGAAGCAAAAAAUAUAUACACACAUUUAUGAUAAAGUAUUAGACGCAUUUGCAGACUAAUGUAAGAUGGCCUAAUGUUCCUAAUGCGAUGACUAGAUAGUCAUAAAUUAAGCUAAAACUAUUAUUUUCAUUGUCUCCUCUUGUUUGUUGUUUAUCCAGCGAUUGGAAUAAUGUGAUAGGCCUAUUUUUAGCUUUUCACUGACAUCCACAAAGCAGCAAUUAGCUAUAUGAUAAGAUGCACACGCUGCACAAAUUGCGCGCUUCCCGACUGUAGAUUAUGCCCUGGUCUUGUCAUAAAAUAAAAUAAAAAACGACAGCUAAUUUUUUGAAAGACGCUAAUGGUCCUCAGUGGCUAAAUCAUGGUCUCUGGUGUCGUGUUUUGAAGGAUUGUAUUUAUUUUUGUGUAGACACCAGUAAUUAUAUAAUUUUGUCAAGUUCAAUUACAUUUACUUUAGGGGAAGCUUAGCAUGACUGUGCAAAUGGAUACAUUUUUUGUGGUUAUUAAAAGCCAGAGAUUGAACGUUUUAGCACAGAUUCUUCAUUGUAGUCUUUAAACACUGGUACUUUUCUUCCUUUUGCGAUUGAUGAAUUAGCAUUAUUACUUCUACAUUUCUAGUGGCCUAUGAGCAAAGUUGUUGCAGACUUGGUUAACAAUCACUUUGUUAGAAUAGGUUUUUCUCGUUCUUACACAUUCUUUCAACUUGUAUUUAGUUAUUUGGACUGAUGCCAAAAUGUGGUUGUAAAAUCAGGAGGACAAACAAAAUACUGUUCCUCAUUCUGCAAAAUACUGUUCCUCGUUCUGCAAAAUACUGUUCCUCGUUCUGCAAAAUACUGUUCCUCGUUCUGCAAAAUACUGUUCCUCAUUCUGCAAAAAUACUGUUGCUCGUUCUGCAAAAUACUGUUGCUCGUUCUGCAAAAUACUGUUCCUCAUUCUGCAAAAUACUGUUCCUCGUUCUGCAAAAUACUGUUCCUCAUUCUGCGAAAUACUGUUCCUCGUUCUGCAAAAUACUGUUGCUUGUUCUGCAAAAUACUGUUGCUCGUUCUGCAAAAAUACUGUUCCUUGUUCUGCAAAAUACUGUUCCUCAUUCUGCGAAAUACUGUUCCUCGUUCUGCGAAAUACUGUUCCUCGUUCUGCAAAAUACUGUUCCUCAUUCUGCAAAAUACUGUUCCUCAUUCUGCAAAAUACUGUUCCUCAUUCUGCAAGGUGAAGAACAAAUCACUAGUUAUUUGUCUGGUCAGUCUGACUACAUGCUAAACAUCAUUUUAGUCUGAUAUACACUAUAUAUACAAAAGUAUGUGGACACCCCUUCAAAUUAGUGGAUUCGGCUAUUUCAGCCACACCCGUUGCUGACAGGUGUAUAAAAUAUGGUACACAGCCAUGCAAUCUCCAUAGACAAACAUUGGCAGUAGAAUGGCCUUACUGAAGAGCUCAGUGACUUUCAACGUGUCACUGUCAUAGGAUACCACCAUUCCAACAAGUCAAUUCGUCAAAUUUCUCCCCUGCUAGAGCUGUCCCAGUCAACUCUAAGUGCUGUUAUUGUGAAGUGGAAACGUCCAGGAGCAACAACGGCUCAGCUGCAAGUGGUAGGCCACACAAGUUCACAGAACAGGACCGCCGAGUGCUGAAGCACGUAGCGUGGAAAAAUUGGUCUGUCCUCGGUUGCAACACUCACUACCGAGUUCCAAACUGCUUCUGGAAGCAACGUCAGCACGAGAACUGUUUCGUCGGGAGCUUCGUGAAAUGGCCGAGCAGACGCACACAAGCCUAAGAUCACCAUGCGCAAUGCCAAGUCACCAUGCGCAAUGCCAAGUGUCGCAAUGCCAAGUGUGUGGUGUAAAGCUCGCAGCCAUUAGACUCAUGGAGCAGUGGAAACGCAUUUUCUAGAGUAAUGAAUCACGCUUCACCAUCUGGUGAAGCGUGAUUCAUCGUCCGACGGACGAAUCUGGGUUUGGCGGAUGCCAGGAGAACGUUACCUGCCCGAAUGCAUAUUGCCAACUGUAAUGUUUGGUGGAGGAGGAAUAAUGGUCUGGGGCUGUUUUUCAUGAUUCGGGCUAGGCCCCUUAGCAACAGUGAAGGGAAAUCUUAACGCUACAGCAUACAUUGACAUUCUAAACUAUUCUGUACUUACAACUUUGUGGCAACAGUUUGGCGAAGGCCCUUUCCUGUUUCAGCAUGACAAUGCCCCUGUGCACAAAGCGAGGUCCAUACAGAAAUGGUUUGUCGAGAUCGGUGUGGAAGAACUUGACUGGCCUGCACAGAGCCCUGACCUCAACCCGAUCGAACACCUUUGGGACGAAUUGGAACGCCAACUGUGAGCCAGGCCUAAUCGCCCAACAUCAGUGCCCGACCUCACUAAUGCUGUUGUGGCUGAAUGGAAGCAAGUCCCCGCAGCAAUGUUCCAACAUCUAGACGAAAGCCUUUCCAGAAGAGUGGAGAAUGUUAUAGCAACAAAGGGUGGACCAACUGCCCAUGAUUUUGGAGUGAGAGGUUCGACGAGCAGGUGUCCACAUACUUUUGGUCAUGUAGUGUAUCUUGCUUUUCCUAGAAGACAUUGAUGGAUGGAUACCCCAUUCCAUUGCUUUCUUCUUUUCAUUUUACCUGGAGGAAUGACCUUUUAAAAUAUUGAAUUGUCAGCUCGGUUCGUAAAAUAAGAAUAGAUUUCCUCUAGUAAAAAUAAUCUGGUUUUCUGUCCCAUCAUCCAAAGAAUGUAAUUUCUUUACCCAAAAUCAGUUUUCAAUUUCACACUGAAUUUGAAUGCAAUUAUCGCUGAAAUACUUCAGUCUGCUAUACAUAUUGUGGGCACUACUGUGUAGGAGCUUGACUGUUUGAUUUUGAUUUCUGUUUCAACAGGGGUGUCAAUAUUAGCAAUUCCCACUUUUCAGAUUGAGUUAAAAGAGUUAGUUUUGUAACGUGGUAUAAUGCAGAAUGUGUAUAAAAGACUCCUUAUGAUCAAAGUAGUGCGUGUGAUUCAUCAAACACUGUGCAAGUGAAGCACUUUUUUCAACGCUGGAAAUGUGCAUUUUACUUUUUAUCCUUUUAUUACAUUUACAUUUUAGUCAUUUAGCAGACGCUCUUAUCCAGAGCGACUUACAGGAGCAAUUAGGGUUAAGUGCCUUGCUCAAGGGCACAUCGACAGAUUUUUAUAAUAGAUUAAGUAGAUAUCCCUGUAGACCUUUCCUGCAGUCAAAUGAUCUAGUGGCCUCAGGGGUGGAAUGUUAUUCAUAUUUUUCAUAAUUAAUCAACAUUAUUUUAAAAAAACCUGCCGAAAAUCCGUGGUUCUAUGUUAAAGAGUUUUGAUAUAGUUCAGUCUUCUGUGGUGUAAAGUGUAAUAUUGGGAUGCAAACUCAAAAUUGAAUACAUUUCAACUCUAUAUCUGACAUGGUACAGUGCAAAGUAUUUCAGCCACAAUUGUCAAGUUCUCCACUUAAAAAUGGAGAGGCCUUAUUUCAAAGGUACCUACUAUACAGACAAUGAGAAAAAAAAAUCCGAAAUCAUGGUAGGAUUUUUAUUAGUAUUGCAAAUUAUGGUGGAAAUAAGAUUGUCAUACAAAGUUUCUAAUACUUUGUUAUAUACCCUUUGUUGGCAAUGACACAGGUCAAACGUUUUCUGUAAGUCUUUCUGUAAGUCUUUUCACACACUGUUGCUGGUAUUUUGGCCCAUUCCUCCAUGCAGAUCUCCUCUAGAGCAGUGAUGUUUUGGGGCUGUCGCUGGGCAACACGGACUUUCAACUCCCUCCAAAGAUUUUCUAUGGGGUUGAGAUCUGGAGACUGGUUAGGCCACUCCAGGACCUUGAAAUGCUUCUUACGAAGCCACUCCUUCGUUGCCCGGGAGGUGUGUUUGGGAUCAUUGUCAUGCUAAAAGACCCAGCCACGUUUCAUCUUCAAUGCCCUUGCUGAUGGAAGGAGGUUUUCACUCAAAAUCUCACGAUACAUGGCCCCAUUCAUUCUUUCCUUUACACGGAUCAGUUGUCCUGGUCCCUUUGCAGAAAAUCAGCCCCAAAGCAUGACGUUUCCACCCCCAUGCUUCACAGUAGGUAUGGUGUUCUUUGGAUGCAACUCAGCAUUCUUUGUCCUCCAAACACGAUGAGUUGAGUUUUUACCAAAAAGUUAUAUUUUGGUUUGAUCUGACCAUAUGACAUUCUCCCAAACUUCAGACGGGCCUGGACAUGUACUGGCUUAAGCAGGGGGACACGUCUGGCACUGCAGGAUUUGAGUCCCUGGCGGCGUAGUGUGUUACUGAUGGUAGGCUUUGUUACUUUGGUCCCAGCUCUCUGCAGGUCAUUCACUAGGUCCCCCCGUGUGGUUCUGGGAUUUUUUCUCACCAUUCUUGUUUAUCAUUUUGACCCCACGGGGUGAGAUCUUGCGUGGAGCCCCAGAUCGAAGGAGAUUAUCAGUGGUCUUGUAUGUCUUCCAUUUCCUAAUAAUUGCUCCCACAGUUGAUUUCUUCAAACCAAGCUGCUUACCUAUUGCAGAUUCAGUCUUCCCAGCCUGGUGCAGGUCUACAAUUUUGUUUCUGGUGUCCUUUGACAGCUCUUUGGUCUUGACCAUAGUGGAGUUUGGAGUGUGACUGUUUGAGGUUGUGGACAGGUGUCUUUUAUACUGAUAACAAGUUCAAACAGGUGCCAUUAAUACAGGUAAUGAGUGGAGGACAGAGGAGCCUCUUAAAGAAGAAGUUACAGGUCUGUGAGAGCCAGAAAUCUUGCUUGUUUGUAGUUGACCAAAUACUUAUUUUCCACCAUAAUUAGCAAAUAAAUUCAUUAAAAAUCCUACAAUGUGAUUUUCUGGAUUUUUUUUUCUCAAUAUGUCUGUCAUAGUUGACGUGUACCUAUGAUGAAAAUGACAGGCCUCUCUCAUCGUUUUAAGUGGGAGAACUUGCACAGUUGGUGGCUGACUAAAUACUUUUUUUCCCCACUGUAUCUUCUUUUUUCUAAGCCCAUAACCAUGUGUGUGAGGUGUAUACUUUUGUUUCAAAGUAGAUUUGUUUAAGACUACCAACAAACACUCUGUUUGACCCUGAUAUAGCCCACUGCAGUAAAAGGUUAAACGGCGUGAUCCGCAUGUAUCUAACCCGGUCACGCUAACCUUUACCAUAAUGAGAUGCAAAUUGAAAUAGUGCAAACGUCUCUGUGUCCACCAGCAACCAGGUACAUUAUUAUUUCGUAAAUUAUUAUUUCGUCCAUGUAAAUAUUUUACUGAGACAUGCAGUUGAAGUACACUCAACAGGUCAAAAUACCAUUGUGUUUCCAAGUGAAACGGGCUGACCUGUAAUCACCAGGGCUGACCUGUAAUCACCAGGGGUGACCUGUAAUCACCAGGGGUGACCUUUAAUCACCAGGGGUGACCUGUAAUCAUCGGGGCAACAUGUAAUUAUGUAAUUACCAGGGGUAACCUGUAAUCACCAGGGCUGACCUGUAAUCACCAGGGCUGACCUGCAAUCACCAGGGGCCCAUGACACAGAUAACCUUUUGUAUCUGAUGAUGAUGAAGAAAUAAUUGGGUGCAAAUCUCUCUCGUCAAUUUCUUUCAGGGCAGUAAUGACAGACACAGUACUCUACAGCCUUGUAACAGUGUAAAACAAAAUAUAGGUGUAUUUUGAUGGUGCACACACACAGACAGACAGACAGACAGACAGACAGACAGACAGACAGACUCAAACAGACAGACAGACUCAAACAGACAGACAGACAGACUCAAACAGACAGACAGACAGACUCAAACAGACAGACAGACAGACUCAAACAGACAGACAGACAGACUCAAACAGACAGACUCAAACAGACAGACAGACUCAAACAGACAGACAUAUUUCCAUAGAGGAAACAGGAAAAUAAUGUACAAAGUCUAACUCAUUAAAACAGGCUGUGAAUGGGGCAAUUUGGUUCCUGAUUCCAUGUGCUAUCCUGGAAUUGAUCUCAGUUAUUUCAAUGAGUAACAAUGACUGGAGAUUGAGGAUUAAAAACAAAGAAAAUGUGUCAGGUAAAUAAUCGGUCGAUGUGCCCUUUAACAGGGCCCUUAACCCUAAAUGCUCCUGUAAGUCGCUUUGGAUAAGAGCUUCUACUGAAAUGUAAAAAUGUACACUAACGACAAUGCAGGGUGUUACUGUAUAUCCAUUUUUAAUGCCCUCUUUGUCAUUUGGAGAUCAACAGAUGAACUCACUCAUAUGAAAAAUGUGGCUUUUUUAAUUUCUCUGGACCACAUUGGCAGCUCAUAUCCAGAAAAACUGUAAAACAACGUAUCAGAGGUGUUAAACUGAGCUUAGCUUAACUCCUCUGACCAGCCGGCGAAUGAGGCAGCUAGACAAAUAAUACAGGGACCUGUGCCUUGUAAAAAUGAUUGACAACUAGCAUUUUUAUGGGGAUGGGAGAGUGAUUGUACUAAAUGUGUUUGGGGCCUGUUACUGUAAGUUCCAUACAGUGGCUUGCGAAAGUAUUCAUCCCCCUUGGCAUUUUUCCUAUUUUGUUGCCUUACAACCUGGAAUUAAAAUUGAUUUUUGGGGGGUUUGUAUCAUUUGAUUAACACAACAUGCCUACCACUUUAAAGAUGCAAAAAAAUGUUGGGGGUGAAACAAACAAGAAAUAAGACCAAAAAAAAGAAAACUUGAGCGUGCAUAACUGGUCACCCCCCAAAGUCAAUACUUUGUAGAGUUACCUUUUGCAGCAAUUACAGCUGCAAGUCUCUUGGGGUAUGUCUCUAUAACCUUGGCACAUCUAGCCACUGGGAUUUUUGCCCAUUCUUCAAGGCAAAACUGCUCCAGCUCCUUCAAGUUGGAUGGGUCCGCUGGUGUUCAGCAAUCGUUAAGUCAUACCACAGAUUCUCAAUUGGAUUGAGGUCUGGGCUUUGACUAAGCCAUUCCAAGACAUUUAAAUGUUUCCCCUUAAACCACUCAAGUGUUGCUUUAGCAGUAUGCUUAGGGUCAUUGUCCUGCUGGAAAGUGAACCUCCGUCCCAGUCUCAAAUCUCUGGAGACUGAAACAGGUUUCCCUCAAGAAUUUCCCUGUAUCCGUCAUUCCUUCAAUUCUAACCAGUUUCCCAGUCCUUGCCGAUGAAAAACAUCCCCACAGCAUGAUGCUGCCACCACCAUGCUUCACUGUGGGGAUGGUGUUCUCGGGGUGAUGAGAGGUGUUGGGUUUGCGCCAGACAUAGCGUUUUCCUUGAUGGCCAAAAAGCUAAAUUUUAGUCUCAUCUGACCAGAGUACCUUCUUCCAUAUGUUUGGGGAGUCUCCCACAUGCCUUUUGGCGAACACCAAACGUGUUUGCUUAUUUUUUUCUUUAAGCAAUUGCUUUUUUCUAGCCACUCUUCCGUAAAGCCCAGCUCUGUGGAGUGUAUGGCUUAAAGUGGUCCUAUGGACAGAUACUCCAAUCUCCGCUGUGGAGCUUUGCAGCUCCUUCAGGGUUAUCUUUGAUCUCUUUGUUGCCUCUCUGAUUAAUGCCCUCCUUGCUUGGUCCGUGAGUUUUGGUGGGCGGCCCUCUCCUGGCAGGUUUGUUGUGGUGCAUAUUCUUUCAAUUUUUUAAUAAUGGAUUUAAUGGUGCUCUGUGGGAUGUUCAAAGUUUCGGAUAUUUUUUAUAAUCCAACCCAGAUCUGUACUUCUCCACAACUUUGUCCCUGACCUGUUUGGAGAGCUCCUUGGUCUUCAUGGUGCCGCUUGCUUGGUGGUGCCCCUUAUUUAGUGGUGUUGCAGACUCUGGGGCCUUUCAGAACAGGUGUACAGUGGGGAAAAAAAGUAUUUAGUCAGCCACCAAUUGUGCAAGUUCUCCCACUUAAAAAAAUUAGAGAGGCCUGUAAUUUUCAUCAUAGGUACACGUCAACUAUGACAGACAAAUUGAGAGAAAAAAAUCCAGAAAAUCACAUUGUAGGAUUUUUUAAUGAAUUUAUUUGCAAAUUAUGGUGGAAAAUAAGUAUUUGGUCACCUACAAACAAGCAAGAUUUCUGGCUCUCACAGACCUGUAACUUCUUCUUUAAGAGGCUCCUCUGUCCUCCACUCGUUACCUGUAUUAAUGGCACCUGUUUGAACUUGUUAUCAGUAAAAAAGACACCUGUCCACAACCUCAAACAGUCACACUCCAAACUCCACUAUGGCCAAGACCAAAGAGCUGUCAAAGGACACCAGAAACAAAAUUGUAGACCUGCACCAGGCUGGGAAGACUGAAUCUGCAAUAGGUAAGCAGCUUGGUUUGAAGAAAUCAACUGUGGGAGCAAUUAUUAGGACAUGGAAGACAUACAAGACCACUGAUAAUCUCCCUCGAUCUGGGGCUCCACGCAAGAUCUCACCCCGUGGGGUCAAAAUGAUCACAAGAACGGUGAGCAAAAAUCCCAGAACCACACGGGGGGACCUAGUGAAUGACCUGCAGAAGCUGGGACCAAAGUAACAAAGCCUACCAUCAGUAACACACUACGCCGCCAGGGACUCAAAUCCUGCAGUACCAGACGUGUCCCCCUGCUUAAGCCAGUACAUGUCCAGGCCCGUCUGAAGUUUGCUAGAGUGCAUUUGGAUGAUCCAGAAGAGGAUUGGGAGAAUGUCAUAUGGUCAGAUGAAACCAAAAUAGAACUUUUUGGUAAAAACUCAACUCGUCGUGUUUGGAGGACAAAGAAUGCUGAGUUGCAUCCAAAGAACACCAUACCUACUGUGAAGCAUGGGGGUGGAAACAUCAUGCUUUGGGGCUGUUUUUCUGCAAAGGGACCAGGACGACUGAUCCGUGUAAAGGAAAGAAUGAAUGGGGCCAUGUAUCGUGAGAUUUUGAGUGAAAACCUCCUUCCAUCAGCAAGGGCAUUGAAGAUGAAACGUGGCUGGGUCUUUCAGCAUGACAAUGAUCCCAAACACACCGCCCGGGCAACGAAGGAGUGGCUUCGUAAGAAGCAUUUCAAGGUCCUGGAGUGGCCUAGCCAGUCUCCAGAUCUCAACCCCAUAGAAAAUCUUUGGAGGGAGUUGAAAGUCUGUGUUGCCCAGCGACAGCCCCAAAACAUCACUGCUCUAGAGGAGAUCUGCAUGGAGGAAUGGGCCAAAAUACCAGCAACAGUGUGUGAAAACCUUGUGAAGACUUACAGAAAAUGUGUGACCUGUGUCAUUGCCAACAAAGGGUAUAUAACAAAGUAUUGAGAAACUUUUGUUAUUGACCAAAUACUUAUUUUCCACCAUAAUUUGCAAAUAAAUUCAUUAAAAAUCCUACAAUGUGAUUUUCUGGAUUUUUUUUUCUCAUUUUGUCUGUCAUAGUUGACGUGUACCUAUGAUGAAAAUUACAGGCCUCUCUCAUCUUUUUAAGUGGGAGAACUUGCACAAUUGGUGGCUGACUAAAUACUUUUUUCCCCCACUGUAUAUACACUGAGAUCUUUUGACAGAUCAUGUGACAAUCAGAUUGCACAAAGGUGAACUUUAUUUAACUAAUUACGUGACUUCUGAAGGUAAUUGUUUGCACCAGAUCUUAUUUAGGGGCUUCAUAGCAAAGGGGGUGAAUACAUAUGCACGUACCACUUUUCCGUUAUUUAUUUUUUAUACUUUUUUGAAAGAAAGAGGUUUUUUUCAUUUCACUUUUUGUGUAUGUCCAUUACAUGACAUCCAAAUAACAAUCCAUUUAAAGUACAAUUUGUAAUGCAACAAAAUAGGAAAAACGCCAAGGGGGAUGAAUACUUUUGCAAGGCACUGUAUAUGGAACAUAUUGUAUAUGAAUAUGACGUUAAUUUACAGGUAUACAGAGGUCCAUCUACAAAAGAAGAAAAACAGAGCUGUUCCCUGACAAACGUUUGGGUCAUUCAUUAUAUAGCUACUGUCUUUUGAAAAGCUGCAUUCUCUUUGACAGGGAAAUUAUCUAUGAGCAUUUCUCUGCUAAUGGUUCCCUCAAAGGGCACUGCCUUAAUGUAAUUUUAAGACUUUUGAAUGUUACUUAGCCUAUGACAUUUCCCCUAGCUGUAGAUGUGAACCACUGCUUGCAUGGCUGCUUUGCUCAGCAAACGGACGCAUGGCUUGACAAAGGGUUUGCAUACCCAGCAAUCUCAUUGUCAGCUUUGACUCGAUCGAAUGCAGUGGUGAAUUACUGUUUUCCCUGCAUUGAACAACCUUAUCGAAGCAAUUGUGCUGCAAUCACUGUACCUACAGUGUACUCUUAUCAAGGUUUAAGCUUACAAGGUGUUAGAGACUGCUGCUGUCCUAUGUACAAUACAUAGUCAUUGAACACUGGAUUUACAUUUUACAUUUUAGUCAUUUAGCAGACGCUCUUAUCCAGAGCGACUUACAGUUAAUUAUUUUUUUCAGAAUUAAUAAUGUUAAUAUUCAUGUUUACAUACUGUUUUACCCACUUUAUAUGUAUAUACUGUAUUCUAGUCAAGGAUCAUCCUAUAUAACUACUGCUGUACACACCUUUUCUAUUCACAUACUGUACAUAGAUACUGUCUACACAUAUAUUUGUAUAUACAUAUUUAUAUUCUGGACCUUGCUCAUUCUAAUAAGUCUAUAUUUCUUAAUUCCUUUCUUUUAUUUUUGGUGUAUUGUUAGUAUUUUGUGUACACGACCAAUCAAAUUUGAUUUGAUUGAGCAAUUAGCAGUGGUGCUCUUGUCAGGUUGACCUUUUGAGUUGUCCUCUGGAAGUAUGAUGAGUAACCUUUUGGGAUAGUUGUAAGGCAUCACUCUUGUAGAAAUAACAAACAACAAAGGUUGAAAAUUUCUCGAAAAUACGAUUAAAAAUGGCCUUGAGAUCGGUGCAACAUAAAAUAGGAAACCAUCAUCGACUGUUGAGGCUAAAUUCUUUACUGUCAUCAGUAUCCUCAUUACCCUAAAGGCGAUGACGGUUGGAAAUAUGGAAAACAAGAACGGUCCCCACUCUGAUUCCCACUCACUGGCAUUGACGAAGGAACACUCCCCUCAUUUUAUUGUAUUGCAUUGUGUUGGAAGAGAUUGUUGGAGAAGAUCCAUUGUAUUUUAUUUUACCCUUAAUGAUUAACCAUUUGUAUCCGUCCACUCCAUUUAAUUAAAACGGAUAUCUGGAGUACGGACAUUUCUGCUGGAGGUAUUUUAGAUUUCAGUCCCCCGGGGCCUACUGAUUGAUCCAACAGAACUCUAAAUGAGACAAAUGGUAGAUUAAUUGGCCAUUGUUUUCCUGUAAGGGCCCAGUUCCGGUGAUGGCUACUGUCCAGCCUGGCCCAUGGGAACAUUAGCUGUGUAAUUCAUUAAAGUGAAUGGGUGAGAUAAUGAGCCUGAGCUUGAUCUGUCUGGAACUUCUGAAGGCUUUACUACUAACUGUGGUUCUGAGUUCUAAGUCCCACAAAGCAUUAGCUUUGAUGUUCUAGUAUUGUUUGAUUACUUUCAAAUACUUUGAAAUGUGUUUGAUUGAGUGUGUCUGGAGUGGCAGAUGGGCGUGGUUUGUACUGUUGGGACUAUUACAUUAGUGCCACUGUGCGAGGCAUUUAAUUUGAAAGAAAACAGAUCCGUAUUAUAGUAUCAUGUCUUUGUGUGCUACUUUAUUGGCUGUUAUAAACUGGGUGUUCGAGCCCUGAAUGCUGAUUGGCUGACAGCCAUGUUAUAUCAGACAUUAUAAACUGGGUGGUUCGAGCCCUGAAUGCUGAUUUGGCUUACAGCUGAGGUAUAUCAGACCGUACACCAUGGGUAUGACAAAACAUUUAUUUUUACUGCUCUAAUUACAUUGGUAACCAGUUUAUAAUAGCAAUAAGGCACCUCGGGGGGUUGUGGUAUAUGGCCAAUAUACCACGGAUAAGGGCUGUAUCCAGGCAUUCCGCGUCGUGUUGUGCAUAAGGACAACCCUUAGCCGUGGUAUAUUGGCCAUAUACCACAUACAGUUGAAGUCGGAAGUUUACAUACACCUUAGCCAAAUACAUUUAAACUACGUUUUUUCACAAUUCCAGACAUCAGAAUAAUAGUAGAGAGAAUGAUUUAUUUCAGCUUUUAUUUCUUUCAUCACAUUCCCAGUGGGUCAGAGGUUUACAUACACUCAAUUAGUAUUUGGUAGCAUUGCCUUUAAAUUGUUUAACUUGGGUCAAACGUUUCGGGUAGCCUUCCACAAGAUUCCCACAAUAAGUUGGGUGAAUUUUGGCCAAUUCCUCCUGACAGAGCUGGUGUAACUGAGUCAGGUUUGUAGGCCUCCUUGCUCGCACAUGCUUUUUCAGUUCUGCCCACACAUUUUCUAUAGGAUUGAGGUCAGGGCUUUGUGAUGGCCACUCCAUUACCUUGACUUUGUUGUCCUUAAGCCAUUUGGCCACAACUUUGGAAGUAUGCUUGGGGUCAUUGUCCAUUUGGAAGACCCAUUUUCGACCAAUCUUUAACUUCCUGACUGAUGUCUUGAGAUGUUGCUUCAAUAUAUCCACAUAAUUUUCCUUCCUCAUGAUGCCAUCUAUUUUGUGAAGUGCACCAGUCCCUCCUGCAGCAAAGCACCCCUACAGCAUGAUGCUACAGCAGUGGCUUCUUCCUUGCUGAGCGGCCUUUCAGGUUAUGUCGAUAUAGGACUCAUUUUACUGUGGAUAUAGAUACUUUUGUACCGGUUUCCUCCAGCAUCUUCACAAGGUCCUUUGAUGUUGUUCUGGGAUUGAUUUGCACUUUUCACACCAAAGUACGUUUAAUCUCUAGGAGACAGAACGCGUCUCCUUCCUGAGCGGUAUGACAGCUGCGUGGUCCCAUGGUGUUUAUACUUGCGUACUAUUGUUUGUACAGAUGAACGUGGUACCUUCAUGUGUUUGGAAAUUGCUCCCAAGGAUGAACCAGACUUGUGGAAGUCUACAAUAUUUGUUCUGAGGUCUUGGCUGAUUUCUUUUGAUUUCCCCAUGAUGUCAAGCAAAGAGGCACUGAGUUUGAAGGUAGGCCUUGAAAUACAUCCACAGGUGCCCCUCUAAUUGACUCAAAUGAUGUCAAUUAGCCUACCAGAAGCUUCUAAAGCCAUGACAUCAUUUUCUGGAAUUUUCCAAGCUGUUUAAAGGCACAGUCAACUUUUUGUAUGUAAACUUCUGACCCACUGGAAUUCUGAUGCAGUGAAUUAUAAGUGAAAUAAUCUGUAUGUAAACAAUUAUUGGAAAAAUGACUUGUGUCAUGCAGAAAGUAGAUGUCCUAUCCGACUUGCCAAAACUGUAGUUUGUUAACAAGAAAUGUGUGGAGUGGUUGAAAAACGAGAUUUAAUGACUCCAACCUAAGUGUAUGUAAACUUCCACCUUCAACUGUAUACAUGUACUGUACAUGUUCAGAACCAGUCUGUCUUUAGUAGUAGAGAAGCAUUGAGAUGCAUCGUCCCCCUAAAGUCUCCAUCGGGCACCUCUUUUCAACAUGACAGGUAACCCUAGAGCUGUCACUGAAUCAGACUGUUGAGGACACACGCGCCACACAAACUGACCUUCAGACUCUCAGAUGCAUCCUCUCGUGCCCACGGCACUUUAUUUCCGCCGUCUAAUCUUUUACGCCCCGGUGCCAGUCCAUUUUUUUUUAGCGACUUUAGAGUCCUCCUUUUAACGGUUUAUAUAAAGGUGGGCACGAGAGGUGGGGCCGCCUCUAUUAAUCAAGACUGGGUGCUGACACAUAGAAAAACUGUCUGGGCUACCUGCCUUCGCCGCAGUGAGUCCAGGACCUGCCCCCAUUCAUCAUAGUUAGAGGGGGGGGGGGGGGGGGGGGAUGGAUCUCACUCAUUUACUCUUUGAGGAUAAGUAGUAUGGUGGGGAUGGAAGAGCUAGUGCUUAGCAGAGGGGUCAGCUGUGUUGGUCAGGGCUGUUGUGGCUAUGGUAUAGUUACUGGUAUGGCUAUGGUAUAGUUACUGGUACAGCUAUGGUAUAGUUACUGGUAUGGCUAUGGUAUAGUUACUGGUAUGGCUAUGGUAUAGUUACUGGUAUGGUAUGUAUAGUUACUGGUAUGGCUAUGGUAUAGUUACUGGUAUGGCUAUGGUAUAGUUACUGGAUGGCUAUGGUAUAGUUACUGGUAUGGCUAUGGUAUAGUUACUGGUAUGCUAUGGUAUAGUUACUGGUAUGCUAUGGUAUAGUUACUGGUAUGGCUAUGGUAUAGUUACUGGUAUGCUAUGGUAUAGUUACUGGUAUGGCUAUGGUAUAGUUACUGGUAUGGCUAUGGUAUAGUUACUGGUAUGGCUAUGGCAUAGUUACUGGUAUGGCUAUGGUAUAGUUACUGGUAUGGCUAUGGUAUAGUUACUGGUAUAGCUAUGGUAUAGUUACUGGUAUGGCUAUGGUAUAGUUACUGGUAUGGCUAUGGUAUAGUUACUGGUAUGGCUAUGGUAUAGUUACUGGUAUAGCUAUGGUAUAGUUACUGGUAUGGCUAUGGUAUAGUUACUGGUAUGGCUAUGGUAUAGUUACUGGUAUGGCUAUGGUAUAGUUACUGGUAUGGCUAUGGCAUAGUUACUGGUAUGGCUAUGGUAUAGUUACUGGUAUGGCUAUGGUAUAGUUACUGGUAUGGCUAUGGUAUAGUUACUGGUAUGGCUAUGGCAUAGUUACUGGUAUGGCUAUGGUAUAGUUACUGUAAUUGACAUCCCAAGUUUGUUGGGAAAGGUCUAUAUUGACCAGGCCCUACAGGUUUAGUGUGUUUCAAGGUCAUUGUUAGGUAUAUUUGUUUUGAGCUUCAUUGAGGAGAAGUGGAGAAAUUGAGAAAUUAAAACGGGGGGGGGAUUUAGGGAGAUUCUUGCACCGUAUAAGACUAUCAGUCCCUGAUUGAAGGAAGAGAGUGCAUAAUAUAAUAAUUUAUAAUAAUUUAAUUUAUUCUUUAAUGUUUAGUCUUGUACUCAAUGUCAAAUAAAUAAAAAAAGAGUUAGGAGUCACGAGGCAAGCAGUUACUUGCGUCACUGCAAGGCGCCAACCUUUAUGAAUUGGAGAGAAAAUCUUAGAUUUAUGAGCUCGGAGACUGAACCCCAGAAAUGAAUAAUCAUCUGAAAUAUUUGUAUUCUUCGACUGCCUUUACAAUAUAAUUCCAGUAACGUAGAGUUGGCUGUAGCGGUUUCCACAGGGUUCAGAUACAACAGUAGUGGUUGCUGACCCAGAGUACUUAGCAUCUCUGAACGUCAUUUGUGAACCGAGUGCACACCGAUUUUACAUGUAGAAUCGCAUGAAAAAUGUAGCCAGUCAGACAUCUACAGCGGGUGGUCCCUAAAACACAAUGCUCUGAACGAUCGGCAGACGAACGCUAGAUCCACAUUCCGUGCGAUGUGUGCGAGCCUUACAUUUCUUAAAGUUACAUCUCUUUUGUUUGAAUGUUUCUUAGAUUCCCUUGAUUCAUUCUUUAAAUAAUGACAUUAGAAAAUAAAGAACCUUAAUUCAUUCUUUAUAUAAUGACAUAAGACAAGAAAUAACCUUGAUUCAGACCUCCUCCCUCUCUUUAUUCAUGUUUUUGUUUAGUCUGAUGUUUGGUUUUGACUCCUGUUAAAUUUUUAUUUUUUUAUUUUUUUACAAUUGUGAAGUGACUUUGGGUCCUUGAAAAGCACUAUAUAAGUCCCAUGUAUUAUUAUUAUUAUUAUUAUUAUUAUUAUUAUUAUUAUUAUUAUUAUUAAUAUAUUGUUGUUGUUGUUGUUGUUAUUGUUGUUGUUAUUAUUAUUGUUAUUGUUGUUGUUAUUAUUAUUGUUGUUAUUAUUGUUAUUUAAAAGAUUAAUGAUUUAUGAACGUUAACCACAUCAAUUUUUUACGAAAGCCCACUGUGAUAUCUGUUUUCAGAUAAAUCCUGGAUGCAUACUCCAGAGGCGCUGGCAAAGCAUUACAUACCCUACAAUGCCAAGGUAAUGACUUUUUUCAUGUUCCCUCACACAGGUUCUGGAAGUUAGAUAUAAAAAUAAGAACGUUUCACUGAUGCAGUUGGAUGUUCAGCCACCAUGCGUACAGUACCUACCCACUGGGCACAGACGUCAGUUCAAUGUCUAUUUUUGAUUUACAUUUCGUUGAUUUGUCAACUAACGUGAAUUCAACGUGAAAUCAACAAAACAAUUCACCAUGUCAUUGGAUUUAGGUUAAAAUCGGGGUGAAAAAAGACAAAUUCCCUUAAGUUGAUUACUUUUUUUGAAAUCUAAUCUGUUUUUCAUGUUGAUUCUUGAAACUUGAUUCUAUGUCAUCACAUUUUAUUUUUGUGUUGUUGAAAUGACGUGGGUAGGCCUUGAAAAAGUUAAGUUUACUUGGCUUUUGACUAUGGCUUUGUCCAAAAUAAAAAAAACCCUUUCAAUAUGAACCUAUUGAGUUUCCCCUAGCUCUGAACAAGGUGUCUGCUUCAGGCAGUAACAGUCAAAGAGUACAAACACACAGGUAGCCUAGAAACAUUUCCUGACUGACUGCAAACACUGCAGUAGAUUUUCACUGGAAACACAGAGAGUUACAAAACAAUGAAGUUGUUUAGUCUUCUCUGUCUUUUCUAAUGCGGCACACACCUUAAAAGCUAACUCUUGAGAACAAAGUAUCCUGUCUCGGGGCUGUGCUUCUGCUGUGCUUCACCCAAACACUCCCCUCUUAUUGGAGGCAGAGAGCCUGUCAGUGAGCAUCCGGCGGCUCCAGAGAUGUCUUAUUGAAGUGAAGCAAAAGGCUAAAGUAGAAAGUCCAAACUGCCACGUCUGCUGCCGCUGAAGACUGGAACAGCAGAGAGGAGAGCGAACAUUACAUAAGGCAGUGGGUGGGGGUGGGGUGCAGAACGGAACAGUACCUGUAUCAAUGAACUUCUCAAGGUGAUGGAUCUCAGAACACAUCAGGUCAGGAAUGAGACACUCAAUCCCAUGUAGCGCAUCUGUCAUUCGCUGCAUCCACUUGCAUAACCCGUCUGCGCUCAUAUGUGUCCUUGAGUGCAGACAGCAUUUGUUACGGGCGGUGUGAAACACUUACACCAUUUGUCUUUGCGCUCUAUUGAUAGGAGUGUGAAGUGGCUUUUUUUGCAUCGUUUGCCCAGAUUUUUUGGCCUUGUUUACCCACUAUGUGUUCUGUAUUGGAAUGAAAUGAUGAAGGAAGUAAGUGGGCCCACUCAUAGACCAGGAUACAGUAUGGGCAGAACCACUGAUAUCCAUGGCUUGAAUGUUGAAACAACUGUUACAUCUCGUUAUGUUGAUGAAUUAAGUAUCUUAGCAAACCGUACAUAUUUUUAUAGAAGACCCUUGAUGUUACUCCAUGUCAUGUUGAAACAGCCUGUUGCCAUUACAUGGGAGGCAGAGCAGAGGAACGUCCAGACUCAUAACUUAUCCAGGCAAGCCAAAACAAAGUAUGAAAAGUACGAAGAAAAAAAAAAAGUAAAAAAAAAAAGUAUGAAAAGUAUCACUACUGUAAGUCGCUCUUGAUAAGAGCGUCUGCUAAAUGAUGUAAAUGUACAUGUAAAUGAGCUGUAUUGGCAGAGCAACUGUUUCCAUGGACAGAUGAAGCUUCUGUCUGAAGGUCCUUGGCUCCAUCUGUUGGAGAAAAAAAAUGUCCUAAAAAAACCCUCCCAUACUCUUUUGUUUCUUUGAUACACUACAUUGUGAGGGAUUCAUAGAAACUUUAACAGUCUUGUAGUGCAUUAUGACUGCAUCAUAAUUCUGCAUAGCUGUAUGCCUAAAGUAAAGUGGCACUUUAAUCUUCCCUUUUUUUGUUCUAGUUUCUUGGAAACACAGAAGUUGAUCAACCGAAAGGCACAGAGAUUGUUAAAGAUGCAGUUAGACAGUUAAAGGUAAGUUAGCUAUAGACUUUGUUUCCUUGGCAACCUGAAUUAAAGCUGUAUUUCAGAACUUUUUCAUCUAAAGUGUGAGUAUAAAGAGGGUCCCCGAAAUUGGACCUGAUUGGCUGGCAUCUCUACAGCCACCAGCAACAGCUUAGACGUUUAGGUCGGUUUUUAUUUCCAGAUGUUGAUACCCUAAAACUGAGGAUUUUGUGGUUUACUGUAAAUCAGACAAAUUGAACCACACUGUUUACAUUCUAGACAGAAUUCAAGGUAAACUAAUAGCAACUAGCUUCCAAGUUAUACCCUGGUUUUGAGGUCUGAGGGUGUGAGAAGAAGCAUGUAGCAUAUUGUACCCAGGAAUUUACUAUAGCGUGGAUUUCAUAAUUACUUACUAGUCAACUAAAAAAUACAGCUGCUUGUAGCUAACCUCAUUUUGGUUAUCUUUUGAAAUAUGGAGUUUCCCUCAGCGAGAGUUCAGCCAGCUGUGCUGCCACUGAUCUCCUUUUCCCUGUCUCACUCUGCUCUCUGCAUGUUACAUUCUCUGCUGUUUUCUUCUGCCGACAUUUAAAUUGUGAGGCCAUUCAAGAGGAAACUUGUUUUCAUACCCAUCGACUCCUUUCUUACAUGAAGGGUUUGAACACUUUGUGAAAGGGUCAAAAUAUCUGAGUCAUCAUUGGUCAACGCCAGAGCCGAUCAGUACAGCUCUCCCGUUCACGUGUCACAUCUCUCCUUUUGAUUUUCUCUCCUUUCUUUCUCGGUAUACCUUCUCCCUUUCUUUUCUGAACCAUUUUUAAAAGAAAGAAAAAAAAAAGGCGCAAAUUAAGUAUAAUUAUAUAUAUUAUAAUCAAAUUAUUGACACAAGAUUCAAUGGAUCUCAAGUGUGGAGUUCAGGUCAGACCAAGGUAAGAGCAUUGAAUACAGUCUUAUUUUGGGGAUUUAGCUUCUUCCUGAGUAUGUUCCAACUCCACACUUGACAGACUAUAUUAUAUAAACUGAUUAUAGUCAUUUUCUUUAUUUUCUCUCCAUAUGUCACUGAAAGUGCUCUGGUCUCUUUAUAUGCAGUAUAACUGCUGCUCUUUAAUUAUUUUUUACUUAUCUAUGUUUUACUUAACACUUAUUUUUCUUAAAACUGCAUUGUUAAGGGCUUGUAAGUAAGCAUUUCACUGUAAGGUCUACACCUGUUGUAUUCGGCACAUGUGACACACAAAAAUUGAUUUGAUUUGAUAUGUAACCCUAAAUUGGUUAUAGGGUUUUGGGGAUAACCAAAAAUCAUUCUAUCAAUCAGAUUCAUGCACUCAGAAAAUUAGUGUUUAUAGUAUGAAAGAAAUACGCUCAGAUCGCAUAAUUGAUAUUCAACCUAAUUCAAAUAAGCAUUUCACUGUGUUGGACGAAUGCCAUUUUCUAAAUUACUUUGGAUACCCUUUUUCGGUAAAUAGGGCCCUCAGCCGGUUAUAAUUAUUGCAUGAAAUGACUUUCACCACUUUCAAUAGUGGACUGUACAUUUCCGAAUGAGACGGGGCCAAGUCGGAUUACCAUUACCGUUAUACUGUACAUGUAAUGUUUCUACUCUUUGUAGUUUCAAAGGCAUAUCAAGAAGUCAGAGGGACAGAAGACCCCAAAAGUGGAAUUGCAAAUCUCCAUUUAUGGAGUAAAGAUCUUAGAUCCCAAGACAAAGGUAAGUCAAGUAAACAUGGCAUGGAUUUUUAAAAAAUGAUCCAAGGUGUUUUUGUAUGCAUAUUAUGGAAGCAUUCAUGUGAAGUGUUAUCAAGGAGGUGUUGCUGAAGCAUGAGUGUUUAUUUGUAUUUUCAGGAUGUCCAGUACAACUGCCAGUUGCACAGGAUAUCCUUCUGUGCAGAUGACAAGACGGAUAAAAGGAUAUUCACCUUCAUCUGCAAAGACUCUGAGUCAAACAAACACCUCUGCUACGUGUUUGACAGUGAAAAAUGUGUAAGAAAUACACACUUUUGAGGGUUUAAAAAAUACACACUUUGAGAGUUUACGUCUUGAGUUCAUGUUCCACACCAUCAGUUGUUGAUCCAGCUAUAUGUGUCGUCAAUCCCUAGUAAAUAAUAAAGAUACUGGCCUUCUAAAAUGAAGAAUUUGUUCUGACGAAUCAGGAGGACCCUUUUAUAAAGAGUUUUGUAAAAAAAUAAAUAACGGAGGAUACUGUUGUCUUCCAGGCAGAGGAGGUAACACUCACUAUUGGCCAGGCGUUUGACUUGGCCUACAAGAAGUUCCUCGAGUCUGGUGGAAAAGAUGUGGAGACACGGAAACAGAUAGGAACCUUACAGAAAAGAGUAAGAUUCAACUGUUGGACAAGUUUGACUGCUCCUUCACAUGGGAUAGGGAUUGAAUAAAUAGUACAUCUCCAUACUAAUGACAUUGAUAAAAACAGGUGAUUUCCGUAUCAGAUGUAGGUAGCUAUAAAACCAUUCUAAAACGAGCAUCCUUAUUUUUUCGCAGAUUCAAGAACUGGAAACGGAAAAUUCUGGGCUAAAGAAGCAGCUUUGGAAUCUGGAAGAGCAAUUGGUGACUGCUCCUGCACCACCAGUAAGAACGGCAUGGACAGCCCUUCCAGUCUCUAGGCUUGCCUGGGUAACCCAUAUUACCCAGAGUGUAAUGCAGUAACCCACAUUACACAGAGUGUAAUGCAGUUCUUACUGGUGUCAUGCUGCGUGUGUGAACUAACAAGCCACUUCCAGUCUUCCACUAAAUCGUCUGCAUUUAAUCUCUUCACAGCUGCUGCACAUAAACACUACUAACGAGGCCUACAUGCUCUCAAGACCCUCCUCGCUCUUCUGGUGUCACAAUCUGACAUCCUUCUCGUGUCUCGAGAUCUCCUCGGUCACACUCACCCCUAUGAGCUCGCCCGAGUCCAACCUCUCGGCAGGCCUACUAACCCCUCCUCCGGCUAAGCCCCCUCUCCUCCCAAAGCCUGCCGACGGAUGCAGCAUCCCACGGCCUCGCGUACUGUACAACUAUCUAUAUCUUUCAGCCUUUUCUUUCUUUCCUGAUUUCUAUUUCAAUUUCUUCUAAUAAACAAUACUUCAUUUUGACUCAUAUAUAUUCUACGUUAUAAACUGGGUGGUUCGAUCCCUGAAUGCUGAUUGGCUGACAGCCGUGGUAUAUCAGACCGUAUACCAUGGGUAUGACAAAACAUGUAUUUUUACUGCUCUAAUUACGUUGGUAACCAUUGUAUAAUAGCAAUAAGGCACGUCGGGGGUUUCUGAUAUAUGGCCAAUAUACCACGGCUAAGGGCUGUGUCCAGGCACUCCGCGUUGUGUCGUGCUUAAGAACAGCCCUUAGCUGUGGUAUAUUGGCCACACCUCAUCGGGCCUUAAUGCUUAAGUAGACAAUGCAGAUACGUAUAAAGUCUGCUUAAUAAGACUUUUAAGUCUCAAUUAGUUGAUUUCAUCACUCUUUAUAUUAGGACUACAGUCUGACUUGAAAUGCAUAUUCAUAACUCUGACUUCAGAAUGUAGGUCAGAGUACUACUGCUCACGGCAUAAGGGAAUCAUUGGAAUGAACCAAUACCCUCUACACUCACAGGCUGGCAGCGUCUCCUUGAAACCCCCAAUGUCCACAGACGUUUUUGACAUGGUUCCCUUCUCUGCUGUCACACCCCUGGUGCCAAUACCCGCAAGCAACGGCACACCCCCUCCCCCCCCGACAACAUCUCCUCCAGACACGAGUGAGUACACCGCUCUGGUUACCUUACAGCUCAAGGAUGACAGUGAGAGUUAGAAUUGAAACACACACAGAGUAUGGCAUAAACCAUGGUUUGUGGUCAUUAGCGAGAAAUUUUUUUGGGGUUACACUUUAUAAUAACUGUCACGAAUAAUGUUUAUAUAUACUUAAUAAAUGUUACCAAUGUACAUGUUUUCUCUACUACGUUGUGGCAUCUCAAAUAUUGUCUCUCUCUCUCACAGGUAAAGACCUUUUUGGAGCGGAACCUUUCGAUCCGUUCACCUGUGGGCAAGCCGACUUCCCACCGGAUAUCCAGUCCAAGCUGGACGAGAUGCAGGUGACUGUAUGUCUGUGACUGAUCUUAAGCCCUGUUUAAUGGACUCAUGUAAGAGAGUAGUGGUUGAACGCCAUUAUAAAGGGUUUUUCGAGUAGACCUCCACCCUAGUAGGGGGGAGUGGGCCCCUACCCUCUCAUUUUGGUUUUAUAUAAUAUAAAACAUAUCAAUAAACCAGAAAUUGUUCUAACUUCAGUUGUUCGUUAAAGUUAUAUAUUUUGGCUCAUGAAGGUUUUGUUUUGUUUGUUUCCUGACUAUGAUGCUCAAUAUUGGCCAUGGGCCUACUUUUCUUUGCCUGACAUUGUGAACAUUAUGGCAAGAUUUAUUUAGCAAGAUGUUGAAUCUUCAAUGCAUAUUGCUGCAGUUAGUCAGCUGAAUAGCACUGUGUUCAAAAUGCACUUUAGGCAUCUUGUAAUCCACAUUUACUUAUCUUUAUGAGAUAUAGGUAUUUUGUAACAUCAGCCUUGGGAUUUUAGGGCUUGAAUAGAAUAUCAUUAUAUUCUGUAUGUUAGCUAUUUCAAAGCUAUUGUUUUCUGGAAACACAGACUUUAUGUAAAUUAUCAGUAGUCACUGAUUACAGAUGCAAAACAAGAAUUGUUGUCACAUCAUGGACGCCAAACAACAACUGUUAGUUGUGGCUUUAUAAAUGCCUGAAUAAUAAUACUUAUAACAAUGUAUAUUAUAUUGCCUCUUUUGAAUAGGCAGGUUGGGCUUGUUGCUGCGCAUUAGUAGAUACUUUAGAUUAUAACUGUCAUUAUUAUAUUUGAUUUCAUUUGAUUUCAUUCACAGUUGGAGCACAGCUUAUCUGAAAUUACAAAUUCAAUGUCAGUUUGAACCACAGUGCUCACGUCUUUUACAUAAAUGCCUAUGAUGGCAGAGCUGGCAGAGGAAUUUAACUGUAAAACUGAAGCAUGGGGUUGUUUUUAUAUUUCAAACUCUUUAUUUUAAUUGGAAUUAAACAUUGGGAACCUGCACAGCAAAUUUAAAUUGAACACUUUCUUCAAAAUGAUAUGUGACCCACCGAAAUAGUGUUAAACUACCACUUUUCAAAGUGUUGACAAACUAACAACCUUAGAGUGUUGGGUCCCUAACACCAUGGAUGUUGCAAAUUCCGACUUAAAUUAACACUUUAUUAGAGUUGAUGCUGUUAAGGUGUCCGCAUGCUUCUCAGCCAAAACAGUUCGGUAGAGUUGCAUAUAUUAUGACGACGUUAUGUGACGUUUUUGUUCGUUUUGGACUGGAGGCAAGCCGAAGUUCGUAGCCGAAGUCAAGGCCUCUUUGUCGGUGAUUGGUCAACAGUAGGGAUUCUUUAGUAAAGUCUUUGUUGUCAUUCAACGAGAGACGACUCGUUUUCAUGCUCAUGUUUUCAUUGCGAAAUACUGCACCAAACAUCUGAGUUAGAUAUAAAAUUGUGCGACUAAGAUCUCUUCGGGCAAAAACCUCAAAACUAAUGACAGAUUUCUUGAGUUAUCUAUUUGAGGAAGUGUAUACUGGCUACGACGUCGAGGUGCAUGUUUUGGAAUAUUUUUUUAUUCACUCUGUCAAUUAGGUUAGUAUUGUUGAGUAACUACAAUGUUGUUGAUCAAUCCUCCGUUUUCUCCUAUCACAGCCAUUCAACUCUGUAACUGUUUUAAAGUAACUGUUGGCCUCAUGGUGAAAUCCCUGAGCAGCUUCCUUCCUCUCCGGCAACUGAGUUAGGAAGGACGCCUGUAUCUUUGUAGUGACUGGGUGUAUUGAUACACCAUCCAAAGUGUAAUUAAUAACUUCAUCAUGCUCAAAGGGAUAUUCAAUGUCUUUUUGUUUUUUGACCCAUCUACCAAUAGGUGCUCUUCUUUGCGAGGCAUUGGAAAACCUCCCUGGUCUUUGUGGUUGAAUCUGUGUUUGAAAUUCACUGCUCGACUGAGGGACCUUACAGAUAAUUCUGUGUCUGGGGUACAGAGAUGAGGUAGUCAUUCAAAAAUCAUGUUAAACACUAUUAUUGCACACAGAGUGAGUCCAUGCAACUUAUUAUGUGACGUGUUAAGCACAUUUGUACUCCUGAACUUAUUUAGGCUUGCCAUAACAAAGGGAUUGAAUACUUUAUUGACUCAAUACAUUUCAGCUUGUCAUUUUUUAUUAAUUUGUAAAAGAAAUAAAAACAAAAUUCCAAUUUGACAUUAUGGGGUAGUGUGUGUAGGCCAAUGACAAAGAAAUCUGUAUUUAAUCCAUUUUAAAUUCAGGCUGUAAGACAACAAAAUCUGGAAAAGGUUUCUGAAGGCACUGUAUACAAUACAUUUCAUACAGCAUUUAGUUAUGGUCUAGUUAUCCUCAAUAUUAUGGGGUGACAAUCUUGGCUCAUGAGCCACAUCAAACCUCACAAUACGGUGGUUUGUGAAGUGGUUAGUAAUUACUAUCAGAAUCCAGGUAGAGGGAGGAUAUCCAACAAUUUGAAUAUUUUAUCACCUACAACCUGCAUUCAGAAUGACUGCUAUGGUGAAGGACUUGACAAACAAGACUCCCUAAACCAUCUAAACUGGAACAACAAUCUCAGUAACGGGUGCAGAUUGGAUUAGUUGUAAGUUAUUUAUCUUUGUAUAGUAUAAGAUCAAUUAAUCAAUGUGCACGCAGAAACAUCGUUACAAAAACAAACUAUUCUAAAAAUCUACCUGCAAAAAAGCAUUCUGGGAAGAAUGAUAAUGAGGGACCACCCUGUCUUUUUCACUCUGAGAGAGUUAACUGAAAUGAACUCAACACAGUCGAGUAACAACAACACCACACAGUGUUGAUUCCACUGUUAUUCAAAUAACACAUUUAUUCACCAAUCACACUGAUGUUAACCCCACUAGAAUCAACACUCGGACAUAACACUCUUUUUACCUUAGCACUGAGAUUUUAACACAUGCAAAUCUGCUGUGUGGCAUCCAGUUGCAAAUUGCUACUUACAAACGUUUACAUAAUCCCUCUCUCUGUCUGCCUCAGUUGAAAUGUAAAGGUAAUUUCCGAUUGAGCCGACAUAAGCUGUGUUUACCGUGAAUACAGUCUCCGCGAAACGUGGAAAGCAUUGCCUUUAAAUAUCAAUCGUGCUAUAACGCUGAUCGUCUGCGCUACUGAUUAAAUUGAGCCCUAACAAUUGGGGAAUUUGAUGAUGAAGUAGUUACAGUAGGAGGCGUUGAUAUGCUACUCAGUGCUCUUCUUUCCUCUCCUUCCUGCCUUUAAUUCUGUUUCCAUCUCUCUUUUCCCCCUUUUGCUGCAGCGUCAGAGAUGGUUUGUACCGUUACACUACUUUGACCCUUCUUGUGGUUGCCGUGACAGUGACUGUGUCAUCGUGAAUGGAUUUGCAUGUGUUCAGUUGGACUCUGUUGUAAAUACUCUGCAUACAGUCCAUCAGUAAAACCAAGCUUUUUGAAAUGUCACACUUUCAUAAUGCUGUACACAUGUUUAUUUAAUUUUUUUGAGUUGAAGUUACAUUUGCCUGUAAACAAUGUGAUUUAAAAAAAUAUAUAUAUAUAUAUUAACCUCGUUGGCUAUGGAAGCUUUACUUUUCUCAGUCAGUAUCUUUGAUUUGAUCAUUCACAGCAACAAUAAUGGGAAAUUCAAUAAAUAAAUAACUAGGUCUGUCAAAGGAUUACAAAAAUGUAAUCGAGUUAAUCGCAGGAUUUGUUAAUUGCAACUUCAGAAUUUGCUCAAAUUGAGCUGUAAUUUUUUUAUUUUUUAUACAAACAUCAUUACAAAAGCACACUUUCUUUAACCUCAAUGUCAACUUGUUUUGAUGUCGCAUUGUUGUUUUUAGCUGUAUAGAUGAUGUAUUUUUGAUGUUUUCAGGAAAUACAAAAAAUUACCCAAAAUUUACUUCAGUUGACUGAUUAACCCUGAGAGCCCUAUAAAUACAGUGAGGGAAAAAAGUAUUUGAUCCCCUGCUGAUUUUGUACGUUUGCCCACUGACAAAGACAUGAUCAGUCUAUCAUUUUAAUGGUAGGUUCAUUUGAACAGUGAGGGACAGAAUAACAACAAAAUUAUCCAGAAAAACGCAUGUAAAAUUUUUUAUAAAUUGAUUUGUAUUUGAAUGAGGGAAAUAAGUAUUUGACCCCUCUGCAAAACAUUACUUAGUACUUGGUGGCAAAACCCUUGUUGGCAAUCACAGAGGUCAGACGUUUCUUGUAGUUGGCCACCAGGUUUCCACACAUCUCAGGAGGGAUUUUGUUCCACUCCUCUUUGCAGAUCUUCUCCAAGUCAUUAAGGUUUCGAGGCUGACGUUUGGCAACUCAAACCUUCAGCUCACGCCACAGAUUUUCUAUGGGAUUAAGGUCUGGAGACUGGCUAGGCCACUCCAGGACUUUAAUGUGCUUCUUAUUGAGCCACUCCUUUGUUGCCUUGGCCGUGUGUUUUGGGUCAUUAUCAUGCUGGAAUACCCAUCCACGACCCAUUUUCAAUGCCCUGGCUGAGGGAAGGAGGAUCUCACCCAAGAUUUGACGGUACAUGGCCCCGUCCAUCAUCCCUUUGAUGCGGUGAAGUUGUCCUGUCCCCUUAGCAGAAAAACACCCCCAAAGCAUUAUGUUUCCACCACCAUGUUCUUGGGGUCAUAGGCAGCAUUCCUCCUCCUCCAAACACAGCGAGUUGAGUUGAUACCAAAGAGCUCGAUUUUGGUCUCAUCUGACCACAACACUUUCACCCAGUUCUCCUCUGAAUCAUUCAGAUGUUCAUUGGCAAACUUCAGACGGCCCUGUAUAUGUGCUUUCUUGAGCAGGGGGACCUUGCGGGCGCUGCAGGAUUUCAGUCCUUCACGGCGUAGUGUGUUACCAAUUGUUAUCUUGGUCACUAUGGUCCCAGCUGCCUUGAGAUCAUUGACAAGAUCCUCCCGUGUAGUUCUGGGCUGAUUCCUCACCGUUCUCAUGAUCAUUGCAACUCCACGAGGUGAGAUCUUGCAUGGAGCCCCAGGCCGAGGGAGAUUGACAGUUCUUUUGUGUUUCUUCCAUUUGCGAAAAAUCGCACCAACUGUUGUCACCUUCUCACCAAACUGCUUGGCGAUGGUCUUGUAGCCCAUUCCAGCCUUGUGUAGGUCUACAAUCUUGUCCCUGACAUCCUUGGAGAGCUCUUUGGUAUUGGCCAUGGUGGAGAGUUUGGAAUCUGAUUGAUUGAUUGCUUCUGUGGACAGGUGUCUUUUAUACAGGUAACAAACUGAGAUUAGGAGCACUCCCUUUAAGAGUGUGCUCCUAAUCUCAGCUCGUUACCUGUAUAAAAGACACCUGGGAGCCAGAAAUCUUUCUGCAUUUCCCUCAUUAAAAUGCAAAUCAAUUUGUAACAUUUUUGACAUGCGUUUUUCUGGAUUUUGUUGUUGUUAUUCUGUCUCUCACUGUUCAAAUAAACCUACCAUUAAAAUUAUAGACUGAUCAUUUCUUUGGCAGGUGGGCAAACGUACAAAAUCAGCAGGGGAACAAAUACUUUUUUCCCUCACUGUAACACAUCUGAUCUAAUGCUGUGUUGGGUGCACUUGGUUGUCACCAGUAUUAUCUUUGUUUUGUAACUGAAAAUGUGUUAUUGCUUGUCAAUCCGCUUCAUCAUAUUUGUAUUGCUUGUUGUCUCUGGAACAUUCUAGGGUCACAUGGGGUCAGAUGUAUUCAAAGUCCUGUAGUUAUUACUUGCUACAUCCAUAGGUCAUCCACAUAGAUGCUAAUGUGCUUUGUGGUGUAGACUGUAUAUGAGAGUUUUACACUUCUUUGGAGGGUUUUGGAUCAAAGCUUCCUCAGAUCUUGUUAUUUCUCUGAGAAGUGCUUAGGCAUUCUAGAUUCCAUAUCCCCUAACCAUUACUUUGUGGACUUGGAUGCCAGCUAUUUUGGACCAAACAAUAAUAAGAACUUUGGGCCAGUAUGAAUAUAUUUUUUACGGUGUCUUGGUUACAGCUCACCAAGAAUGUGUCUACACUUAGCACUUACAUGCGACUUCUGCUAUCAGAAUACGAAGAUCGCAUUGAAAAGACCACUUCAGGAGGUGGUCAGCGAUGCAUUCUGUGCUGAUUUCUAAACACAAGCAGGCUACCGAAAGUGCAUACAGUGGGCGACAUAAUCAGCACUCUGCCCACAAGUAUCCAGAAAACGUGUGUUUUGGGAGCGAAGGGCACCUUUUUUCAUUAAACAUUGGAGGAAAUACGUUCCUAGCGUGUGAGGAACGUGUUUGCUGGCUUCACAAAUCCUAGCUAGCUAGCAUAUUUUGAAAACAUAUCUUUUGUUUGGCUAGAGUUAUGCCAACUUGUUUGCAAUCUCUUUAGCUUUGCUAGCUAACUUGCUGGCUAUUUACAGAGGUUAGCUGGCUAGCUAGCUACAGUAGUUGGCUACUGCCAUCAAGUUGUUGUUGUGUUAUCAGAAUUAGCCUGUUCCACCGUUUUCAGAAUGCAAACUGGCAUUUGAAUAUAGCGCUGGAAAAGGGAAUCUGGACACAAUGUGGACACGUUAACAUGUAGGUGUAGACGCAUGACAUAUUUGGCUCAAGACUCUGCAUAGAGGAACUGUAAUGUUGAUUAUACCGACCACCUCCAUUUGACGUCUUUCCUCCUAUAGAGCAGAUUGACAUGGGAUUCAUGUAUUUUUCUAACAGCCGUUCUCCCCCUUGUUUCACAGGAGGGGUUCAAAAUGGGACUAACCCUAGAGGCCGCUGUCUUUUCUCUUGAGCCACUAGACGGUCGCUGCUGAUGCAAAGAAGAUGCGUUUCUGUUACAUACUGUUAACUAAUUUGUAUUAAAAGUGCCAGAAUUGGGUCUACAGUCAAGAUGUCAAUGUUCUUCUAGUCUUGAGGUUUAUAUGUAUUUGCAUUUGAAUUUGGUUUUAGAAUAUUCAAAGGUAUAUUCAAAUCUGAUAUAGAAAGCACUAUUUUUGUAAGAACUCAUGUGGGAAGGAGUAUUUUUACAGGCAACAAAGGAUGUAAAUAGUAUGGCCGAUGGUAUACUCUGUGGCAGAGUUUUCAUAAACAGUACGUCUUAUGUAUAGAAUCUGCUUUAUUGAAUAUACACCACUUAAAUCAACAUUGUUACCACGUUGUUUUUUGUCUGUCAGACGUAAUGACUUGCUCAUCAUCAACUCACAAGACACGUAAAUGUAGUUGUUCUUGUAUUACCACUCAUGUAACUAACUCUCAGCUUGCCCUUCAUUUGACAUUUCCUCUGUUCUUUUUACUCAUGUAUCUUUAGUGUAAUCAUUAAUUCUGAUUGUUUUGACCUGACAUUUAAUUGAUUCGUUUUAUUGUCUUAUUAAACAUUUUAACAGGUGCAUUUUACAUAUCGGUAUGUAUUGACAUGGAUUUACUUUCUUAUGAUAUAUGUCAGUGUCCUCUUGCACCAGAAAGCACUUUUGAAAACCUCUGUCAGUACUUGUUAUUUUACUUUGCUGUUACAGUUAUUAAAGAAAACAUUACUGCAUCAGUUAUCAA